AUGUCGUGGCUUCUAAGAAAGGUCGUUCACAAUGAUGCAAUGAAAGAGGAUCCUAAGGAGAUCUAUGGAUGGAGAGUGUUUCUGCUUGCUUGCUCGGCAUGCUUUGGCGGAAUGCUUUUCGGCAUGGACUCCGGUAUCAUUGGUGGAGUUCUCACUAUGCCAGGAUUCAAAGCGACAUACGGGCUCGAGAACAUCUCCGAUGUCGCCGCAGCGAAUUUAUCCGCCAACAUCGUCUCAACACUCCAAGCAGGCUGCUUCUUCGGAGCCCUGUGCGCCUCCCCCAUCGCUGAGAAAUGGGGUAGAAGAAUGGCCUUGAUUUUCGCCGCAGUCGUGGCUAUCGUCGGCAUUGUCAUGCAAACUGCAGCCAGUGGCCACCUCGAGGUCAUGUACAUCGGACGAGUAAUCUGCGGCUUUGGAGUCGGCGCCGCCUCCAUGAUCAACCCCCUCUACGUCGCCGAGAACGCACCCCGUGCCAUCCGCGGUGGCCUAACAGGUCUAUACCAGCUCUUCAUCACAAUGGGCAUCAUGCUCGCAUUCUGGAUCAACUACGGCUCACUCCUCAACAUCACCGGUCCCGCAAUGUACAUCGUUCCUCUGGCCAUGCAAGGCCUCCCUGCAGUUCUCCUCUUGUUGGGGAUGUUGCUGUGCAACGAGUCCCCCCGCUGGCUGGCCAGACAAGACCGGUGGGAAGAGGCCCGCGCAACGCUCGCCACAGUCCGCCACCUACCCGCUGACCACCCUUAUGUCGAGGAGGAAUUCCAGGCUAUUGCUACACAGCUCGAACAGGAGCGUGCUCUUGUCGGCGGGUCUAGCUUCUGGGACUUGAUGAGGGAGAUGUGGCUUAUUCCCGGCAAUCGCAAGCGUGCGAUCAUUUCUAUCGUCCUCAUGAUUUGCCAGCAGAUGACUGGAACUAACGCUAUCAACUACUAUGCGCCUCAAAUUUUCAAAAAUCUCGGUGUCACCGGUAACGCAACCAAUCUCUUCGCAACAGGAGUCUACGGCAUCGUCAAGAUGGUUGGCUGUGGCGUGUUCCUACUCUUCGUCGCCGACUCCCUAGGUCGUCGCCGCUCCCUCCUAUGGACAUCCAUCGCACAGGGUCUAGCCAUGCUCUACAUCGGUCUAUACGUCCGUAUCGCGCCACCAGUCGCGGGUGCACCCGUCAUCCCUGCCGGCUACGUUGCGCUCGUGUGCAUCUUCCUGUUCGCAGCGUUCUUCCAGUUCGGCUGGGGUCCCGUUUGCUGGAUUUACGUCUCCGAGAUCCCGACUGCCAGACUUCGCUCGCUGAACGUCGCUUUUGGUGCUGCUACGCAGUGGCUGUUUAACUUUGUUGUUGCCAGGGCUGUGCCGAAUAUGUUGGCUACUGUUGGUCCUAAUGGUUAUGGAACUUAUAUUAUUUUCGCUUGCUUCUGUUUCUCUAUGGGUGUCUUUGUUUGGUUCUUUAUUCCCGAGACCAAGGGUCUCUCGCUUGAGAAGAUGGAUGAGCUCUUUGGUGUUACGCAGCUGCUUGAGCAGAAGAAUGCUGAUGAGGAGCGUGCGGGCUCUACUGCAGGUGGCAAGGAACCCUUGGAUAAGACCUUCCACACCCACGUUGAGAGGGUAGCUGAGUAG